ACAACUGACAGGCCACCUUCCACCUUAGCACUAUGACACGCGGACCCAUGCCAUCGCAGACCCACCUGACUGUGACUCCACCACCGGGACGCAAGGAAAUUGUUUCCGGACCCGACUCCGACUCGCUCGCUCGUCGUCGACUCGUCGUCUUCCCUUUCCGUCCCUCACCCCAAGCUCCGUCGCAGUUCCGCAUCGCCUCCCUCGCCCCAGAUCAAAACCCUAACCCUAGGAGCACUUACGGCCUCGCCGUCGACUGGCGCGCGUCCCCGGCGACCCUGCUCGGGAUCUCCUUGGAGAGGGGAGGAAGGGGGGAGGCGAUGGGCGGCGCGAUCUCCGUCGGCGCAGCGGCGACGGGGGAGUACCCGGUGGUUCUCAACGUGUACGACCUCACGCCUCUAAACAACUACGUCCACUGGUGCGGCCUCGGCAUCUUCCACUCCGCCGUCGAAGUCCAUGGAUCGGAGUACAGUUUUGGAGCUCAUGACCUUCCAACAAGUGGUGUUUUUGAGGUUGAACCAAAGAGCUGUCCAGGCUUCUUGUACAGAUCUUCAAUUUUCAUAGGCCUUACAAGUCUACAUCCCUUGGAAUUUCGAGAUUUCAUUCAGAGAAUGGCCUCGGAGUAUCAUGGGGAUACAUACCACCUCAUUUCUAAGAAUUGUAACCACUUCACGGAUGAUCUCAGCACCAGAUUGACAGGAAAGCCAAUUCCUGGUUGGGUUAACCGACUUGCUAAGCUAGGUGCGUUUUGCAACUGCCUUCUACCAGAAAGUAUGCGGUUGGAGUCAACUGAGACAAAGAACCUCACGGACUACCAUUUCUCUGAUGAUUCCAACUUAACCAUCAAUGACAACUUUGACGAUGACGACAUUGAAGACAAACACUUGCUUUCAGAAUCUUCUGUCAGUGAAAAUGCAAUUGUAAAGGAAGUCCACAGGUGAAAGUUGCCGAAGCCAUGCAGAAUAGUUCAGUGUGCAGUUUAUCAUUCAUUUUGUACAUUGUAAUUUCUGUAUUCCGAAAUGUAACAUGCCCAUUCUAUUGUAUUUAAGUAUUGUACAUACAUUCAAUGUUGGGUUCAGUGUGAUGGUUUCUUCUCUUCA